AUGACAUAUGCUCAAGUACUGCCAUAUCUCCUCGAUUUGAAGUUAGUACAAUUAAGGACUCUAGCCACUCCUGCAAAGUUGCCUCCUAAUUGGGAUGCCAAUGCAAGAUGUGAAUUCCACUUUGGGGCACCUGGGCACAAUAUUGAAAAUUGUAAAGCAUUGAAAAAUCUGGUUCAAAAUCUUCUCGACUCUAAGGCCAUUGAGUUCACUCUUACUCAAGGACCUAAUGUUGUUCAAAAUCCCAUGCCUCCCCAUGGAACUCAUGCUGCAAAUGCCAUCGAGGUUGUUGAAGACGCUUGCUUGGCCAAGGAUGUGAUUGAAUUGGGUUCAUUGUUGCCAUUAUUGAAGUCAGAUUUAUUGAGGAUGGGUCUAUACUCUGGUUGUGGAGAAUUCUUUAAUGUGGUAUCCAUCCCGUAUACUCCUGCUAAGAUUCUAGUUCCUGCCAGAGCGCCGCCCUUGGUCAUUACGUUGCCUGGUCCCGUUCCGUAUACUAGUGAAAAAGCAAUCCCAUGGAAUUAUGGCGGAGAAGUUUUCUACCAAGGGGCCAAGUAUGAGAUUAAAAUGCCGGUUGAGAAAGAAGAUGUGGAUAAUGUUGUUGGCGUUGGAAGGAUGACAAGAAGUGGUCGUAUUUUCAAUCCUCCCCAGAAUACUCACGAUGAAAAUGCAGAAGCUCUAGCUCAAGCAAAAGGGAAAAGAGUGGUAGAAGAUACAGUGGAUCAGGGGCAAAGCUCUAACUCUGAGGACACUGUGGCCAAAGAAAUGGAAGAAUUCCUAAAGAUCAUCAAGAAGAGUGAAUAUAAAGUGAGGCUUCUAAGUACUGCCUUUGUCCCUCCAGAAAUUUCAGUGAAUCAACUUGAAGGAGUGGUGUCAAACAUCAAUGCUGGUAAUGGAUUGGGAUUCACCGAUGCUGAUCUGCCUCCCGAAGGUAAAAACCACAAUAGAGCUUUACAUAUAUCGGUGGAGUGUAAAGGGACUAUGUUAUCACGUGUUCUCGUGGAUAAUGGAUCUUCUUUGAAUGUGUUGCCGAAGUCGUCCUUGAUGAGGCUAGAUUAUUCUGGUGUCGAGAUAAGGCCGAGUGAAUUGACAGUGAGAGCCUUUGAUGGGUCGAAGAGAUCAGUGUUUGGGGAGGUUGACUUGCCAAUAAUGAUAGGCCCUCAGCUUUUCACUAUUACUUUCUUUGUGAUGGAUAUCCACCCGUCUUACAGUUGUCUCCUGGGAUGUCCAUGGAUCCAUGCCGCUAGGGCCGUGACUUCCACAUUGCAUCAGAAACUCAAAUUCGCGACUCAAGGAUAG